AUUGUAGUCAUUCAAUCAUGAUAGGUUCUUUUAGUGUAGAAUGGGACCCCAGCUCAGUGGAUGGAAGCAACAUCCUUAAGGACAAGUCCUCCCAUUUCUGUUGUUAAAUAGUGACAAUGGUGGAGCCAAUAAUUAGCUCAAGCCUUUGAUUUUAAAGAAAUGAGAAACUGUCCUACAUUUAGAGCAACUAUAAUCCUUUAAAGCAGCCGGGGAAUGCGGCCGAUCACAGUUAGCAUGAUUGCCUCUGGUCCCUGACAUGGGGUUCUACAAGGCUACGAGAAUUAGGGUCGGAAAAUUGUGCUUGUUGCAACUAGCAUAUGAGAUAAAACACCUAAGGGUAGAAGGAUAACAGUGACAACUGAGGGAUAUGCACCAAUGGUUUGGGAUUUUUGGUGGGGUUUGAGAUGAGAUAGGGAUUUAGGAGGCCCUUAUGAGGGUCAAUCCUAUGUCUCUUGUUGUCUCAAGCAUCUUGUAAUAUUGUCAUCCCAGGACCUUUCCAAAUUAUGCCAACACCAAUUUUUGGGCCCCAAACCUAACUGCUAAAGUGGGAGACAUGGCUUUAUAUCAUGGAAUGAAUUCUACCUACUGGAUCACAGCUUACCCGGUGACGACUGCCUUUUUUUUUUAUGGGGUUAUCCUAUAAUAGCUAAUCCAGUUCUGAUGGGGAUUAGACUUUUUGGCGUUUUCUUUAAAAACUUACCAAAAGACAAAGGCAGCCUGUGUUUCUAGAAGUAAUUAUGCAACUUCUGCGGGUUGAACCAAAUUCUGAACCCAUUCCGAUUUUAGGUAGACUUGGGUAGCCCCCUUUUGUAAUUAGGGCUGGGCUGGGUAAAAAAAGAUUAACCCGAAUUCAAUUCAGGUUGGGCUUGGGUUAAGACGUCGAUGUGACCAAUGCAUAACCCAUCCCAUCUAAGUCUAACCCAAUUUUACUUUUGAGGUUGGGAAAAAUAUAAGGGUUAAAAAUCAGGUUGAGUUGAGUUGAUUUAUGGUUGGAUUGAGUUUGGGUUGAAUAUCAAUCUGCCCACGAUAGACCCCUGUCCAAAAACGCUAGCUUUUGAUAUUUGAAGCAGUGAAUAUAUUAUAGACUUACCAUUAUAGUAUUUAAAAGCAGUAGUGGGAUGCUUCACAAAGUUCAUAUCCUAUUCCAUCUCAAAGUGAAGGAAUGAUUUCUGUCACUAAGCCUGAACGAGUUUCAUCAAUUGAAAAGCCUCAUGUGUAUAAAAGUGGAUUUCAUUCAAAAUAUUCCAUCAUUUCACUUUUAUAACCGGGCAAAAACUAAUACUAGAAAAGCAGAGAAAAAGAAGGAGAGAAAGAGCACUUGGCCCCCCCCUUUACCUAAAGGAGCACUCAGGUGAUUCACCCAGCAAAGAAGUGAAAACAUCAUUGACCUGGGAAUGGGAAUUUCACCUACAACCCCAUCAGUAUCUAAUUCUGGAUUGUCUGAUCCUGAUUGAAAAUAACGCGGAAUGUUAAUAUUAUUCCCAGAAGCGUGACAGGCGGAUCCUGAAUGUGCUAUGAUUAAAAUGAAGAUAGAUUACAUUCAAAUUAGUCAAAUGGAGAAAGGUAAAUCCAGGAAAAAAAAACUUACAAAACACAUGAAAAUGAUGAUCCUAUAUCUCUAUCCCAAGCCCCAAUUAUGCAAAAUCUCAUGCUGUCCACUUUGAAAAAGCACACCAAUAAGCACUUUUUUAAGACCAAUGGGGAGAAGCUCCAGACACAAGGCAAUCCUCCCAGAACCACCACUCGCGUCAUCUAGAAGUCUCCUACUUCAAUUCAACCAUACCAUAAAAAAAAUGGAGUAUAAAGCAAGCUGCACAGCCACCAAGUGCCCUGAAAGAAUGGCUGCAAAAGCUCCUGUUGAGGUGGGCACGAGGGGCACUGUUGGAUCGCUUGUGAUGAAGGAAAUUGAGUAUUUCAGCAGGCUUGAAUUGGAUCGCCAUGGAAGUGGGAGCUCUCAGAGGUCUCAGGCACAUGUAGUGGAUGUGGCUUCCGGCAGUACUGGCCGUUCCAGGCAUAGGUUCUGGUUCCUGGUAAUGACAUGGAGAAGGAAAAAGAGGAGGAGCAGCAGAACCUUUCUACCAAGCAUCUGCUCUGUUGUGGAAGUUGCAGACAGCCACAGGCUGAACGGGAUUCCUGGAUUCAAUUACAGGAUCCUGAAGGAUGAUGUGAAGAACAUGCACUUUUGAGGCUACUGUUUCAGAGAGAGUCCUGGUUUCUUCUGGGUCCACACCUUCUUCAAUGUUAGAUUCCUUCUUGUCAGCUUCCAUUCUGUUAGAAGUUCCUUUUAAACCAUUCUAGUCAGAGUCAGGCAUCGAGAUCCGGUCAGCAGCCUUUUGGAUGUUUUCUCUUGUCUUUUAGGUCCCAUCUCUGUUACUGAUGCUCCCUUUACUGCUCACCUCAUUCAAGGACAAUCUUCUUAGCUGUAAUGUUAAUGCAGUAGGGAGAGCAGUGGCAUAUAUCCUCCCUGAGAAGCAGACCUUUUCCGGGUUCUCUGUAGAAGAUUAUGUGUUCCAUGGAUCUCCAUUUCUGCAUUCUAAUGGGAGAUUGAUUGCCAUGGACUUCCAAAGCUGAUGAACCUCCAGGCAAGGUGCAGUGAGCCUAUGAAAAGCAGCAGCAACACUCACUCUGUACAUAACUGGCUUGUAAAUUUCAGAGCUUUACUAUAAUUCUGUUUCAGUUGGAGUGUAUGGUUUCUGAAUAAAAUCAACAGGUUAUCAAGGAGGAA